AAGAUCAGAUGGGUUGCGGGUUUUGCGCCAUUUCCUUUCCCCUGCUCUGAGGGUAGUACGUAGAGCUCGGAUGGUCUCGGUCAGCCAUGGUUGCGGUUCUGAAGGUCUUGCAGGUUUAGUGACCAGUGUGCACAGGUUGUUGAGGCAGGAGGUCAGCAUUCUACAUUCUAUAGCAUUCCACAUUCAAAAACGAAUUGAAAUUUCUAUUCAUUCCAUUCAUCUCUAAUUGGCAGUAAGGAGAGCUUCUCUCAGGACCUCAUGGACACCCAAAGAGACAUGGAGGAAACCCAGGACAGUCCUGGGGCAGCAGGUGCUGAAGAACCAAUGUGCUCUGCAUGGACAUCUACAGCCAGAGAACGUGUAUCUGAGGCUCGCAGGGAGCUCAUCAACAGGAUUGGUGAAGCCUCUCUGAAAGCUGUACUGGAUGGCCUUCAGCAGGAGAUCUCUGGCAGUCCUGCUGUGAUCGGCAUGUGGGAGAGAAAUGAGGUUCUACAACAACACCAUGUGACUCAGGAUCAGGUCAGGUGCCUCGUUGACAUGUUGCGGAACAAGGGUAAUUCAGCCUGUCAGAGAUUCCUCUCUCACCUUGGAGAAGUGGAUCCUGCCCUCUGUGAAGACCUGUAUGAUCCAAACUUAAGUUUCUCGUGUCACUUUGCAGGCCCAGGAUCUACGGUGAAUUCAGCUUCAACAACACCCAAACAGAAAGCAGACCAACAGCCAGUGGUACUGAAACUUAAAGAAUGGAUUGUCUCGCAAUACAAGACAGUGCAAGAAUAUAAUGACCUACCAGGACAGGAUGUCUUGCUGACUGAUCGCUACACUCAGCUGUUGAUCAUUGAGAAACACAGAAAGCUGGAGGAAAGAGAGAAGGAGAUGCGUACCAGUGGAGCAGGGUUCUUUGGUGCCAGACAGAAGGAAUAUAAAAGUAUUACUGUGGACCAGCUCUUUAAGCCCAAUGAUCGUGGAGAUGUUUCCAAAGCAGUAAUUCUCCAGGGCAACUCUGGACACGGCAAAUCCUUCACCGCUCAGAAGAUCAUAUUGGACUGGGCAUCAGGAAGCCUCUACCAGGAUCGCUUUGAGCUUGUUUUACACCUCAGCUGCAAGGAAUUCAACCUCCUUUACAAAGAAGGGGAACAGAGUAGUGUUUUAGAUCUUGUGAACGUGGAUGAGAAAUACAUCCCACUGGUCCAGAAGAAACUGAAGGAAUCACCACAGAAGGUGCUUCUCCUUAUUGAUGGAUUUGAUGAACUUCAAUUCAAUAUAAAGGAACUCCGCAAGUCUCCUGUGAAAGACCUUUCCACACCAUCUCCUGUUGAUGCCAUUGUGGGUGCUCUGCUGAAGGGGAGCAUCCUAUCUGAGUGCCACCUGCUGGUCACCACCAGGCCCACUGCUUCAGACAAACUGAACAAGCUCCUCAAACGUCCUGUGCGCUGCACUGAGAUUCUGGGCUUCUCUGAGGAGGGCGUACAUGACUACUUCAAGAUGUUCUGCAAAGAUGAGAAGUUCAAGGAGGAGGCACUUGGCAGCGUGAAAGAAAACGAAACUCUCUACACCUCCUGCUUCAUUCCUGUCAUCUGCUGGAUUGUUUGCACUGUAUUUAGGGAGCACAUGCAAAAACACAUAGAAGUGGCUAAUGCUUUGGAAACAACCACAUCCAUAUUCGUCCACUUUGUGAAAAUUCUGCUUGAGCACCACUGCCGGGGUUUGAAGCAGCCUGUGCCUCUGCUGAGGAGCCUGGGGCAGCUGGCAGAGAGAGGGAUACAAAAGCAGCAGGUACUGUUUGACAAGGCUAGUGUGGAGGGCACAGUCUCAGAUCUCACUAGUGUUCCCUUCCUGUGUAAAUUCCUGCUGAAGGAGACAGUGGAAAAGAAGGAAAUGUUCAGUUUCAUGCAUCUGAGCUUUCAAGAGUUCUUCGCUGCACUCCACUACACAUCAUACGAGGAUCAAGAGAAUGUCAAGAAGAUGCUUGAAUUAGUUGAGCAACAGGAGGACAGAACCCAUCUCCUUCCUGUCAUUCAGUUCCUCUUUGGUCUUUCAAAAGUGAAGGUGAUGCAAGAUCUGAAGGACAUUGGGUUGACCUCCAAUCUCUCUUUGGAAGCAAAAGAGUGGAUAGUUAAACGCAUUGAAAAUAAUUCAGAGAAAGAUGCAAAGAUGCUCUUCACUCUCCACUGUCUAUAUGAGCUCCAUGAGGACAAGUUUGUGAGGACAGCCAUGGCGGUGUGGGAUAAGGUGAAGUUUGACUCCAUCCCCUUGACAAGAGCAGACUGCUGGGUGCUGCUGUACUGCCUGCAGUGCUGCCCCACCAUCCCAAGCCUGACACUCUCAGAGUGCAAUAUCACACCAGAUAAACUGAGAAUGCUGCAGCCUGCAUUGAGAAAAUGUCAGAAGCUGGGGUUAGCUGUGGAUAACCUGUCAGAUGCUGAUGUUCGUGAUCUGGUCUCAGCUAUGGGAGAAGGGAAAACCCUGAGUGAUCUGAGUGUGUUGAACAGCAGUCUGUCAGAUGAGAGUGUGCAGCAGAUCCUCACUGCUGUCUCCAAGCAGAAGAGUGUGGGUAAUGUUCUCCUCACUGUGAAGACCAUCACCCUCGUCACUGCAGAAUGUCUUCUCAACUUCAUGAAGAGCACACCUGCUGAAGAGUUUGUCAUUGUGGGGUUACCUGGGGGUUCUAAUGGAGAUGGCAGUUUGUGUUCUUGUCUCAUAGUGAAACGACUGGAGGAACAUCUCAUGCUGGGCGUUGCUAACUAUGGAGAUACCACAUCCCCAGAGUCAGAGCCCUCAGGGUUGGCACUAGGUGUCAUUCUCCCAGAGACCACAUACACCCUACUGCUGGAGGAAUUCACCUGCAGGUUUCAACAGCUGAGACAUCUGGUGGAAAACAGUCCAGAGUAUGAUAAGCAUGUGGAUGGCCUGAUGGCGUACCCGUCCUCUGUGCCUGAUCUGAAGUGGGUGGGUCUGGAGGCAGCCUGCCUGACUGAGGCCUGGGCCAUUAGAAUCAUCUCUCUCAUUAACACCCCCCAUUUAGAGAGAGUAGAGUUUAAUGCUGACAUUACUGAUGAGAGGAUGGAAGAGGAAACUGGUCUGCUCCUGGAGGAGGGAAUCCACCUACUGCAGGAGGCACAGAUACCCCCAGGACGCAGCAUCAAACUUACAGGGUUGCGGUGCAGGAAGAGUAAGGAUCGGUGUAGGAGAUGGAGGGACAGGAAGCUCAGCUGUAAUAGAUAUGUGGAGAUAGAGAUUCCAGCAGUGAAGAAGAAAGAAGUGUUGAAGAAGUGGAAGAAGAAGUGGAAGAAGAAGUGUUGUGUUUUACUGUAGCGCUGAUUUCAGCAAUGUACUGCAGUGUGUGUGUGUG